GUAGUAGUAGAAACGUUGUUAAAGUUAAAGGAAGGUGUAGUAUUAGAAACGUUGUUAAAGUUAAAGGAAGGUGUAGUAUUAGAAACGUUGUUAAAGUUAAAGGAAGGUGUAGUAUUUGAAACGUUGUUAAAGUUAAAUGAAGGUGUAGUAGUAGAAACGUUGUUGAAGUUAAAGGAAGGUGUAGUAUUUGAAACGUUGUUAAAGUUAAAGGAAGGUGUAGUAGUAGAAACGUUGUUAAAGUUAAAGGAAGGUGUAGAAUUAGAAACGUCGUUAAAGUUAAAGGAAGGUGUAGUAUAUGAAACGUCGUUAAAGUUAAAGGAAGGUGUAGUAUUAGAAACGUUGUUAAAGUUUAAGGAAGGUGUAGUAUAUGAAACGUUGUUAAAGUUAAAGGAAGGUGUAGUAUUAGAAACGUUGUUAAAGUUAAAGGAAGGUGUAGUAUUAGAAACGUUGUUAAAGUUAAAGGAAGGUGUAGUAGUAGAGACGUUGUUAAAGUUAAAGGAAGGUGUAGUAGUAGAAACGUUGUUAAAGUUAAAGGAAGGUGUAGUAUUAGAAACGUUGUUAAAGUAA